AUGGUCCAACCAGUCUUCAACGUUCUCAAUGGCGUUGCCGUGGAACGGAAUAGCAAUAGCCAGGUUGAAAACAAAGCAAAUGAUGGUGGAGUAGUCACAUUAACAAUUUUUCAUACAAAUGACAUUCACUCGCGAAUGCUUGAAAGCACAAAACGCGGCGUACAAUGUGACGACAAGGCACGGAAGGCGAACAAGUGCUUCGGUGGAGUGGCCAGAAUCGCCAAUGUGGUGAGGACACUGAAGAACAUUUCCGGAAGCUCCCUGUUCCUCAAUGCUGGAGACUUCUUCCAAGGAACACUGUGGUAUUCGAUACUAAAAUACAACAUUGUUUCUGCUGUGAUGGCAAACAUGUCCUACGACACUGUGUGCCUUGGAAAUCAUGAAUUUGAUGAUGGACCUGCAGGACUGGUCCCUUUUUUAUUGAAAAUGAAAGAAGCAGGCGUUACAGUUCUCGGGACUAACCUGGAUACCACAGAAGAGCCCUUGUUCACAAAUGCGAAUAUUACACUACCGAAGUCCAUAAUUUACAACAUUGCAGGAACGAGCGUAGCCAUUUUAGGGGUUGUCACUACAGAGACUAUGACUAUUGCUAAACCAGAUGCGGCCUGUCAGGCUAUAAAGGCCGCUAAAAGCUGCUCAUCAAGCUACCCGACUACGGUGUGCACCACACCCACCACCACCGUUGUUUUCACCAGCCGUGGGCGCUUCCACAUCAAACACUCCUCAGUGCCGUUCGCCGAGUCACCCUAG